AUGAAAAUGGAUGAUGAGAACGGUUUUGCAGCGAUAGCGCGAUAUGAACGAGAAUGUUAUGAACACUUGUUUGCAUCAUCGCAUUAUCAUUUGACAACAUUACCGGAACAACAAGGAUUUGGAUUUCCUGGAGCGAGAGGGUUUCAGAAAGGUACUGGAAGAAUAGGAGCUGAUUUUGAUGCCGGGACAAGACUAGGCAUGAAUGCAGGAAAGCAUACUCUAUCUACCAAUUUCAUUGGACCAUUAAUGAUAGAAGAUCAAACAAAGAUAGGUACUAGUCUAGAAAAUAGCAAUAAUAAUGACUGGCCAACACUAUUGGCAGCAUCCAAUCAGUAUUACGAAAUAUGGAAUUGCGCCCCAUUGUUGACCUGGAAUUUCAAUUUUAAAGAAUAA